AUGAGAUGAAGAUAUGAUGUUGACAAUAAUGGAUUUAUCUAUAAGUGUGAUUCUAUAAAUCCAUAUCAUAAUCACAAAAGAAUAUCAGAAGAUGACAAACGAUAUAUUUCUGAAUGUCAGGCAAUUCCAUAUCAGUGCAAGGUUGAUGCUGAGGAGUUAUUUAAAAAAAUGUAUCCAACGAAAGUAAUAUAUGAAAUUCUAGAAAGCAAACACGGAAAGUUAUUUUUUUUUCAAUAG